GUAGACUAUAUAAGGCUGGUCCACUACUCCAUUUGAGCAGCGUCAGCAUCCCAUCGGUGUCAAGAAGUGAAGAAACUUGGACCAGUUUGAAACCAUGAGUUCCAUUUUACAGAAAACCGUCAGACCAAUCUGGACCGUCAGAGGACUGCACAAGUCUGCAGUGGAAGUCUUGAAGUACCCCGCCCCCGAGGACACGGUCACGGCCAGUUUUGGAAAGUUCAUCAGUGAAGUAAAGCCUCAGCACUUGUCCCCUAUGGCCCUUGAUCGCAGUAAGAGGAUGGUGCUGGACAGUAUCGGUGUUGGUCUCCUUGGCAGCACAACAGAAGUGUUUCAACUUGCGCUGCAGCACUGCCAGCUCAUGUACGCCAGUCAUGAUGUCAGCUCAGUCUACGGACGCAAGGGCACCAAGCUCUCGCCAACACUGGCGGCUUUUGUCAACGGAGUGGCGACUCAUUCCAUGGACUUUGAUGAUACGUGGCAUCCUGCCACUCAUCCCUCAGGAGCGGUGCUUCCUGCUGUGCUGGCUCUCAGCGACAUGAUGCCUGCCAAUGGUAAACCCAGUGGCCUGGACUUCCUGCUGGCUUUUAAUGUUGGAGUUGAGAUCCAGGGCCGUCUGAUGAGGUUCUCUAAUGAGGCCCAUAACAUCCCCAAGAGGUUUCACCCUCCCAGUGUUGUGGGCACCAUGGGAAGCGCAGCCGCCUGUGCUUGCCUCUUGUCGUUGAGUCCAUCCCAGUGCAGUCACGCCUUAGCCAUUGCCGCUUCUCUAUCAGGAGCCCCAAUGGCUAACGCUGCCACCCAGUCCAAACCCAUCCACAUCGGCAAUGCCUCCCGUUUGGGGAUGGAAGCUGCUAUACUGGCGUCUCAGGGACUUGAGGCAAGUCAACUCGUCCUGGACGCCGUUGAAGGAGUGGCCGGUUUCAAUGCUUUCUACAAAGACUACGUGCCGCAUCAUUUGGAGUCACCGAACGACAACGACGGCCAUGUGUUCUUGAUAGAAGAACAGGAUAUGGCUUUCAAGCGCUUCCCGGCACAUCUCGGAAUGCACUGGGUGGCAGAUGCUGCAGCCUCAGUACACAAGCAUCUUGUGGGCUUAGGUCCUGGAACUGUGUCUCCAGCUCAGAUUCAGGACAUCCUGCUCCGAGUUCCCCUAUCAAAAUACAUCAACAGGCCUUUCCCAGAGUCGGAUCACCAGGCCCGGCAUUCUUUCCAGUUCAACGCUUGUAGUGCCCUCCUAGAUGGUGAAGUGACCGUGGAGUCCUUCUCCCCUGCCACCAUGGCACGUCCUGAACUCCUCCAGCUGCUGAGUCGAGUCCGUGUGGAGCACCCUCAUGACAACCCAGCCAAUUUCAACCACAUGUAUGGUGAAGUCCAGGUAGCACUUGUUGGGGGGGACAUCCUAAAGGGGCGCUGUGACACCUUUUAUGGUCACUGGCGCAAACCACUGACCCAAGAGAGCCUGAGAAAGAAGUUCCGGAAUAACGCAGGUGCCGUUAUUCCCUCAGAUAAAGUAGAGAGGCUGAUUGAAGUAGUGGAAGAACUGGACAUUAACAAGGACUGCUCCCUUCUUCUCCAACAACUGCAGUGAAAAGACAAGGUUCAACUGAGUAAAAUAAAGCAAUGCAUUAUUUUGUUACAUCGCAAAAGAUGACUUGGAGAUGAAGUGAAGGGGCAUUUAUGCACAUGAAAUGUUGCUGUAUCAAACAUAUCCAUAAUUUUUACUGCACUUUUUAUUGAACAAUGACCUGUAUAAAUACUGAUUUAUACGUAAAAAUGC